AUGUCCCUAGUGAAUGAAGUGAGCGCUUCGCAGGUAGAAGCUAAAAUGGCAUCUGAUAAUUUAGUUUCUGUAUAUCUGUCUGAGAGUUUAACACCGGUACCAUUGUUACUAUCACCGAUGUUGUUAACACCAUCAAAAAAUCCAUGUUCAUCACCCGCUAGAGCUAAUAGUGAAGACGAAUUUGUCGAUUGCCCUCCAGAUUUGGUAAAAAUGACUUCGAAGAGGCAACUGUCGAAAAAGUCGUUACCAAUGGGAUACCUUUACAUAAUAGUAAAUCUAAACCAAUCAGACCAAGUUGGUAGCAGAGGAAGGACGGGAAAUGUUUCAGAAUAUUACAAAGUUCAGAACGAUGAACAAAUUAAGUAUAAUCAUAUUCGAUCGUUAUAUCCGGCGAUUUGUAAAUAUGGAAAAUUCCCUGUUGGUCAUCCUAAAGUUUAUGUAGGCGAUGAAUGUCCAUCGUUAACCACAGUUUCGAGGGUUGUAAAUUGUAGCGUGUUGCCUCUUUGA